GGAAUAUCGUGUCAUAAAUAGAAUUCGAUCAUUAACAACUUGAUUGGUUAGCUUUUGCUUUGAAGGCAUAGCCAUGGGUACAUUCUUCUUCACAAGACAGAUUAACAUGUCUUCUAUAUUGCUGCUUCUUGGUGUAUUCUCCUCCAUAAGACUCCAAUUUACAGGUGCACAGCAAAUAGGAGUGUGUUACGGUGCAAAUGGGAACAACCUCCCAAGCAAACAAGAUGUGGUGAACUUGUACAAAUCCAAUAGAAUAGGCAAAAUGCGUAUAUACGAUCCUAAUGAAGCCAUCCUCCAAGCCCUAAGAGGAACGAACAUUGAAGUCAUUCUUGGUGUUCCUAAUGAUAGCCUUCAAUCUCUCACAAACGCUGGUGCUGCCACAAAUUGGGUUAACAAGUACGUGAAACCCUACUCAAAUGUCAAGUUCAAGUACAUCGCUGUCGGGAAUGAAGUCCAUCCAGGUGACUCCAGAGCAUCCUCCGUCCUUCCUGCCAUGCGGAACAUUCAGAGUGCGAUUUCUGCGGCAAACUUACAAGGCCAAAUCAAGGUGUCCACAGCCAUAGAUAGCACACUAAUUCAAAACUCUUACCCUCCCAAUAAUGGAGCUUUCACUGGUCCUGCAAGUGGCUUCAUAAAGCCAAUCAUCACCUUCCUAUCUAAUAAUGGAGCUCCACUUCUUGCUAACAUAUAUCCCUAUUUCUCAUACACUGGCAACACACAAAGCAUUUCUCUUGCUUAUGCAUUGUUCACUCAACAAGGAAAAAACGGCGCUGGGUAUCAGAACCUGUUUGAUGCUUUGUUGGAUUCUAUGUAUGCUGCUUUGGAGAAGAUCGGAGCAUCGAAUAUAAAGAUUGUUGUGUCUGAAAGUGGGUGGCCUUCUGCAGGUGGAACUGGAGCUACUGUUGGUAAUGCAGGAACUUACUAUAAGAAUUUGAUUAAUCAUGUCAAAGGUGGGACUCCCAAGAGGCCUAAUGGACCAAUUGAGACUUACUUGUUUGCCAUGUUUGAUGAAAACUUGAAGCAAGGUGCAGAAACUGAGAGGCAUUUUGGUCUCUUUAAUCCUAACAAAUCACCCAAAUACCAACUCACCUUCAGUUGAGACUUGGUUUUAUGUAACAUCUAUGUAACUUAAAUAAGGGUGCCAUGAGCUUGUUUACAUGGGUGUACUAAAUAUUAUUAUUGAAUAAGUACAUGUCAUGAAUAAAUAGUCGCAAGCCUCGAGAUCAGCAGAUAGAGUGAUCCUUGGUAUUUAGGACUAGAAUCAUUCAUAAUAUCAACAAUAACGUCUGAAAAACACAGUUGAAGAGAGACUUAAUUCAAUUUGGACAUUUGAUGUCACCUUUUGAUGA